GCCAAUUUCCAUUAGAUAUUAUGAAAAAUACAUAAAGUCCAUAUAGGGCAGAUUACAUACGUGAUUACAAGCCUUAAUAAAGCCCAAUAUAGGGAAACCCACAUACAAAAAUAACACGUAUAGAAUACGUGUAUGAUAAAAGCAAAUCAAGAGGGCCCACCAUAUUUCUUCUCGCCGCCGACAUAGAUCUGAAGUCAAUCUCUGCUUCUUUCCGCCGGUGACGAAUGAAGGCUUGAAUUCACGAAUUAUAACCAUCUUUCUACUGAUAAAACCGAUGCAACUAAACUGGAUUCAUCAAGAGACAAACUCAAUCCAACUUCAAGUGAAAGCUCCACCUAAGACCUAGAAGAGAGGUCUUCAAUCCUAAACAAAGAGGACAUAUUAGCCCCGGUUCGUCGUUUUAUCAAUAUCAAUUUUCACUUUUUCAGAAAUGAUGGAGUGGAUAUCGAAUUCCAAAUCCCGGUUCGUUAUGUUUCGCCUGGUUUACAAUCCGAGAGAGAUCAACAUCCAUCGCCGGAGUAGCUGUCUUCUUCUUCGUUUUCUCCGUUUCUUAAAUUCUCCAAUUUGGUUCAAAUCGAAGUACAGUUUAUUGUUCGUCGUGUUGCGUUUCCAUUGAAGUUACUUUAUGGGAUUUCGUCACUCACUGCUUUAAAGCUUCAUCACUCUCAAAAUCACCGUCGGGUUUGAAGUUUGCUUCGCUCUACUUUUUGGAAGUCUGUUGAUUAUUCUUCAACAGGAAGAAGUCACUGGGACCUUCGACGCAUAUUGUUAACAUGUUUUCUGGCAUAAAGAUCAUACCUCGUGAUGAAGUGCUUGAUGAUAGUUCGGAUGGGGAAAAUGAGAAAUCCAAAGGUGGGAAGGAUAGAAGAAGAAAGAACAAGGACGUUGAUAGAAAGGAACGUAGGGGAGAAGGAAGUAAGAGAGAUGGGAAGAAGAUUGCCAAGAGUGGAGAUGGCGAGACCGUUCAUGAUGACUUUCUUGAAGGGGAUAUAGUUAGAAAGAAAAUUGGUCUCGAUUGGAUGCUGCCGCCAACCCGAAAGGCUGAUCCAAACCCUGCUUCAGAUGUAGAGGAUAAAUUCGAAGAAAGUGCACCUGAGGUAACUAAAGUGAACCCAAGGGAACUAAAUCCUUAUUUGAAAGAAAAUGGAACCGGUUAUCCAGAGGAAGAAUCUGAGAAAAAACAUGGUAAAGACCAGCUUUUACCAUCUUCGGUUGUUGGGGAUGGGGGUGCGAGUUGGAGAAUGAAAGCACUCAAGCGUGCAAAGGAACAGGCUGCGAGAGAAGGGCAAAAGCUUGAGGAAGUUGCUGGCGAACGAUGGGGUUCUCUUGGUAACCUUGUUGAGUCUGUGGCAUCUCAAAGAGCGGCUCCAUCUCGUGCGCAUUUGAAUGCCAUAAAUAAUAGAAGAAGAGGGGAAAAUGAAAAGAAUGAUACAGAAAAAAAACCAGAAAGAAUUUCUGAGAAGGGUAAUAAUCGGGAGUAUUUGAAAGGUGACUCGUUGAACCAUCGUGUAUUGAGAGCCCCCAAAACUGACCCUUCAUUAUCCUGGGGAAAGAGAAAGAGCCAAACUCAUAGAAACGAAGACUCGAGGCUAAUAUCUGAAGCUGCAGCUCACUUGAAUAAGUUUUCCAAUGACGGAAAUUUCAUGAAGGAAAUGCUUUCUAAGCAGAAGAAUGUAUCAGUGUCUCCCGUAGAGACUUGUGGAGAUCACAGAAAUGAUGUGGAGCAGAAAGCAUUACCGUCAGAGACCAAUAAGGAUGGUGAAGGGAUUCUUCCGAGUAUGGAAACUUUAAGUGUGAAUAAACUGGCUGCUAAAGCCUUCCAGCUCCGUAUGAAAGGGAAACAUGAAGAAGCCCAGAAACUUAUGGAAGAAGCAGAGAGGCUGAAAGCAGAACAAGCUGGUGGAGACGAUUCAUCCAAAGACCACUCCAUCAGAACCGCAGUGAGAUAUCCUGUCAAAGAUAUGUCUGGUAGAAGGAAGAAUGAAGAUGAUAAUACGGAUAUGCAUCUAGUCAAGAGCAUAAUGCAGAACAAACAGUACAAAACAUCUAAUCAAGCUGCUGAUGAUGAGUAUGAAUAUGGAGAUGCUCCAAGCAAAAAGUCCCGGAAGCGGGAAUCGUCCAGUAACAUUCCUGAAAAGGACAACCGUGUGAAACGCAUUAUGACCCAGCAAGAACGCUGUCUCUUCUGUUUUGAGAACCCAAAGCGGCCGAAACAUUUAGUUGUGUCCAUUGCAAACUUCACCUAUCUGAUGUUACCACAACAUCAGCCCCUUGUCCCAGGACAUUGCUGUAUCUUGCCAAUGCAGCACGAGGCAGCCAGCAGAAGUGUUGACGACAAUGUUUGGGACGAAAUUCGUAAUUUCAAGAAGUGUCUUAUAAUGAUGUAUGCAAAAGAAGGAAAAGACGCAGUGUUUCUGGAGACAGUGAUAGGUUUGUCUCAGCAACGUCGCCACUGUUUGAUCGAGUGUAUCCCAAUCCCCCAGGAGAUAGCAAAAGAAGGUCCACUAUACUUCAAGAAGGCGAUCGAUGAAGCAGAGAGUGAAUGGAGUCAGCACAAUGCAAAGAAGCUCAUAGACACUAGCGUAAAGGGUCUGAGAAACUGUAUACCCAAGAAUUUCCCUUACUUCCACGUUGAGUUUGGUCUAGACAAAGGGUUUGUUCACGUGAUUGAUGAUGAACAACAGUUCAAUAGCAAUCUUGGACUAAAUGUUAUCAGAGGAAUGCUCGAGUUACCAGAAGAAGACAUGUAUAGACGAAGAAGGCAGGAGUCGGUGGAGAGCCAGAAGAAGGCGGUUGUGAGCUUUGCUCGUGAAUGGGAACACUUUGAUUGGACUAAACAGCUUGAUUAGAAGAACAUCGCUCGGUAAUGUUAACUCUUUUAAAACAGAAGGAUUUGCUUGAAGAAACGUUGCUUUGAUCCCUCCAUAAGUCAAAAGUAAGGAUAUUGGUUGUCUUUUUAUACCAAAAUAUGUUGAGAUCAGGAUGAUGUUGGUGGUGCAAUUAAAAGUUGAACACAAGGCUUCAAUUUUGAUUACAAAAAAAAAGUUCAUUUUGUCAA